AUGACAAAUUCACAAGCAACUAAUGCCGCAUUAAUAAAUGCUUUACGUCGAAUUCGAGAACGAAAUCCGAAAUCAAGCGUCUCACCGCACGAAACAACAAUCACUGAGACAGUCACCACUGGUCCUAAUGGUGAACGGCAUGUUGAGAGACACGUAGCUACAUCCGAUGAUAAAAAGCCGACAAUCCAGCGCAUCACUACUCCAAAGUACGUGCAUACCACUACGCCUACUUAUUACACACCAGGAACGACAACCAAACCAGUCUAUGUUGAACGUCAAGUGUACACUCCUCAGACAACUAUUCGUCCACCUGAACAACAUGUGAACAUUGUUCGUCUUCCCCAAAAAACAGUUGAAAUUCAACCGACGAAACAUCAGCCGGUACCGACUACGUAUAUCUAUCCUCAAGAAUAUCGUUCACCAACAUCUUACAACGUUGUUCAACAUGCAAAAGUAUUAAGAACAGAUCCAGAAGUUAUCGUAGUUGAACGUCAACCUGCAAAAAGAUCAUGUUGGAGUCGUUUUCGUAGAAAAAAUUAUCAAACAAAUGCCUAUGGUGAUACAGAGAUAUUGUUGAAUGAAGCAGUGAGUAUUGUUAGACAAUAG